AUGGCCGAAGGCAAAAAAACGAUAUCAAACAAGUACAAUCCGUUAGCAGCUCAACCUCUGUAUGGCUUUACGCCUCGGAAAGUAACUGGCGCACAGGUCAGGAAAGCAUUACAACAUGAUCUCAACCCGUUUACCAAGCCGCUCACGCCACACACCGCACAAUACAAGAGACUUCUGGCAUCCAGGGAGAAGCUUCCCGUCUACAGGAAGAUGGAUGAUUUCUUCACAGUGUUCAGUGAGAACCAGAUCAUCUUGAUAGUUGGAGAGACCGGGUCUGGUAAAACUACACAGAUCCCGCAGUUCGUAGCCUAUUCAGAUCUAGCGCAUUCGAAUGGGAAGAUGAUUGCAUGCACACAACCUCGUCGAGUAGCAGCGAUGUCAGUAGCAAAGCGUGUCGCAGAGGAGAUGGAUGUUCAACUUGGGCGUCAAGUCGGGUACUCGAUACGAUUCGAAGACAUGACUGAAUCAGGAAUCACUUUCCUCAAAUAUAUGACCGACGGUAUGCUCCUGCGCGAAGCGAUGAAUGAUCCCGACCUUCAACGAUACUCAACUAUCAUCCUUGACGAGGCUCACGAACGCACCCUUGCUACCGAUAUCCUAAUGGGACUCCUCAAAGCCCUUGCAAAAAGGCGCGCUGAUUUGAAAAUCAUCAUUAUGUCCGCGACGGUCGACGCUGUCAAGUUCCAGAAAUACUUCAGUCUGCGCUCGGACACGAAGGCACCUCUGUUCAAGGUCCCUGGUCGUACACACCCAGUGGAGAUAUUCUACACCCAAGACCCCGAGCCAGAUUACGUAGAAGCGGCAAUCCGAACUGUACUUAUGAUACACCGAGCCGAGGAUCCCGGGGACAUCCUUCUGUUCCUCACAGGUGAAGAGGAGAUAGAAGACGCGUGCAGGAAAAUCAAGCUCGAGGCAGACGAUCUCAUUAACCAAGAUCCUUCCUCCGUUGGCCCAAUCGUCUGUAUACCACUUUAUUCGUCGCUACCACCCAUGCAACAACAGCGUAUCUUUGACCCCGCCCCAGCUGCUCGUGGGCCCGAUUAUCCGCCUGGUCGAAAAGUAGUUGUGUCGACAAAUAUCGCUGAGACGUCGCUUACAAUCGAUGGCGUUGUUUACGUCGUCGAUCCUGGUUUCUCGGAGCAGAAAGUGUACAACCCCCGAAUACGAGUCGAGAGUUUACUGGUCAGCCCUAUAUCCAAAGCCUCAGCUCAGCAACGCGCGGGACGAGCCGGUCGCACACGGCCUGGCAAGUGCUUCAGGCUAUAUACGGAGAAAGAUUUCAUGUCGCAGCUCGAGGAGCAAACAUACCCUGAGAUCUUACGGAGUAAUCUCAGCAACACGGUGCUCGAGCUUGUUAAGCUUGGUAUCAAGGAUCUGGUUCGAUUUGAUUACGUUGAUGCACCUGCUUUCGAGACAUUGAUGCGAGCGUUGGAGUUAUUGAACUUCUUGAAAGCGCUCGACGACGAUGGAAACCUGACACCGCUAGGUUCUAUGAUGGCAGAGUUCCCUCUUGAUCCUCAGUUAGCAGAGCUGCUCAUCGUGAGCCCCGAGUUCAAAUGCAGCAAUGAAAUUCUUACCAUUACUGCCAUGCUUUCGGUCCCGAACAUUUGGGUUCGCCCGGCAAACCAGAGAAGUCAGGCCGAUGCUGCCAAAGCUCUCUUCACCGUCCCGGAUGGUGACCAUCUGACACUCCUCAACGUGUACAAUCAAUACAUGCAAAAUAAAUUCGACAAGAAUUGGACUUGGUCGAACUACGUUUCUGGACGAGCGCUUGCUCAAGCGGAGAAUGUCCGUGCUCAACUGCAGCGAAACAUGGAGAGGUUCGAGCUGGAGCUGAUGUCGAUAAGCGACGAGAAGAAGCUGUACCAAUCUAUUCGACAAGCACUUGUCUGUGGGUUCUUUAUGCAAGUGGCUCAUCGGGAGGGUGAGGAGGGCAGCUACCUGACGGUGAAGGACAACCAAGUUGUCGCAUUGCACCCUUCUUGCGGGUUGGACACGCAACCUGAGUGGGUCCUAUUCAAUGAAUUCGUUCUUACCACGCGACCGUACAUUCGCACCGUUUCCGAAGUCAGACCGGAGUGGCUUCUGGAAUUUGCUCCGAGCUAUUUUGACUUGUCUACCUUUCAAGACGGCGAGACUAAGCGAGCGCUCCAGAAGGUUAUGAACAAGAAGAUGGGCAAGUCUGUCACUGCAGCUGACAAGCGGCCUAUCACGAAGGCAAAGAAAAAGAGUAAAGCAAAAAAACAGGCUGAACAAGAGGAUCACGGACGCGCCAUGCACUCUUCUGCCCACAGUUCUGACGUGCCGUCUGCAUAUAACUUGCAAAAUAUGACUACGACAUUCUCGCAGAUUUCUAUCUGA